AUGUCAUAUUACUAUGAUGCCUUCCGCCAAUGCUUCUUCUUGCCCGCGCCAACCUUCACGGAAAAGGAGCUGCCUGACCAGACCGGCCGCGUGCUUAUCGUGACUGGUGGUUACGCAGGUGUCGGCAAAGAACUCUGCAAGAUGCUCUACCAGAAGAACGGCACAGUCUACCUCGCAGGCCGGAGCGAAGACAAAGCCAAGGCUGCGAUCAGUGAGAUCAAGCAGUCCAUCACAUCAUCAGAUGGGAGACUGGAAUUUCUAAAGGUCGACCUGGCAGACCUGCCCUCCAUCAAGGGCUCUGUCCAAGAAUUCAUGCGCCGCGAGCAAAGACUAGACGUCCUGACCAACAACGCUGGUGUGAUGGCACCGCCCGUCGGCACGAAGUCCGCUCAGAAUUACGAGGUGCAAAUGGGCACAAACUGUCUCGGUCCGUUCCUCCUUACAAAACUUCUCACGCCACUGCUCGAGAAGACCGCUUCCACAUCAGCACCCGGCUCCGUACGAGUAACGUGGGCGGCUUCCCUCGCCACGGCUGCUGCACCAAAAGGAGGUGUGCAAUUCGACGCCUCCGGCGGCCCUAGAGUGCACAACGAUCGCUUCGCAGACUACGCCCAGACAAAAGCCAGCAAUUGUCUCCUCGCCUCCGAAUACCAAUCCCGAUACGGCGGUAAAGGCAGAAUCGUGUCCAACUCCUGGAACCCAGGUAACCUAAUGUCCGAGUUACAACGCCAUCAACAGGGUUUCGAGGCAUGGUUCACAAAGCUUUUGUGCUACCCGCCGCAUUUUGGUGGAUAUACUGAGUUGUUUGCUGGAUGGAGUGAGGAGGCUGGGAAACCUGAGCAUCGUGGGAAGUAUGUGGGGCCUUGGGGUCGGUUUGUCAUGUUGAGGAGUGAUAUUGAGGCGAAUAAGGAGGGGGCGAAGAAAUUCUGGGAGUGGUGUGAGCAGGAGACUAAGCCUUAUGCUUAA